GACAAACCUACUUUCUGAUUAAAAAUCAUAACAAACCGGCGUGUGUCCAACGAACAGUCACAUUGUUAAAAUGAAAAUGACUCCCGAAGUGGCGGUGGCUCGCAGAAUUGCAGCCCCAGCUGGACUGACAGUUGAGAAGGUGAGGCUGUCGUCCAUCAAUCGUCUGUUUCCCCAAUUCGGAAAGGAUUGUGAGGUUCUCCUCAUCUGCUACAUCUCCCCCGAGGAAGUGGCCAAGUUGGUGAGCCCCAAGAGGGAGAAUGAGGAUGGCAAUGCGGAAUCACUGGACGUCACAGGAUCGCCCCUGGAGCAUUCCUUCGGUGACGACAGCUUCAACGUCUCCAGUGGGUCCCUCAGGAGGAACUGGCUGAAGUACGAGGAGAGGUACACCCCAAUUGACCUGAAAAUGGCAGCUGAAAUGGUGAAUUGCACCAGGGAGACCCUCAGUGACGACGACUUGUGGACAACUCCACUGUUUGUCAUAGCAGAUCCUGAGGAGAACGACGAGAAAUGCGUUCUUGUUGGCUGUUACCCUGACCCCCGGGGUUUCAUGCCCCUGAGGGCACGUCUGGCCGGUGUCUCGUCACUCUCUGACAUUCAGGAGAGAGUUCAGCUGGAGGUACCCCUGACCCAGCACAACACCGAUGACAUGAACCCAAGGAGCAGGAAGAAGGCGCAGGUGAGGGUAACCAGUGUCUACGAGAUUUGUGGAGUUGAUCCAGAGAUGGUGGACUGGGGGGAGGAGGAGAAAGAGGACUUUGGAGGGCACUUGAGGAUCGAGGCCAGUUGGGACGAGCUGAGCUUCCUUCCACCUCUGCGAAAAUCCUCCAGCACCCUCAUCGCAUCGAUAGCCAGUGGAUCCAAGAGCCCUCUCUCCCCCCUUUGGGAUCAGCUUCUACUCCUGGACAAGUACAUUGAAAUUCUGGACGAGUACCAAACGAAGCACUCGUCCUCUCGCUACAGCGUGGCACCACUGAAUUUUCCGAAAGACUUUGCAAACGCUUUCGUCGAGUCGACACCUGAAAUCAUGAAGAAACUUCAUCGAGUCUUGACUGGAGAGGAUGCUCUCGAUGAUGCAGAAACCAUGGACGAUACUCCGGCUGCUGAGAGCACCAGUGAGGAUGAUUACCAGAUUAAAUUGUCUGAUGUGGCACGGGCUUUGGAGAGGAGGCAGGAUCAGGAAUUUGCGAGUAUUUUUUGGAGAAUCAUCAAGGGCACUGGGAGCUACACAGCCAUGACUGACUGCAUUCACACGGUUUUUGAGGCUAUUGUCAUGGAUAAUUUCAAGCCCUCGUUGAAUGCUGGGGACGACACGAGGUUUGCUAGACUCGUUGGGGGCUUGGACUCUACAAAGAAGCAGCUUCCCCAGCUCGCUGGGAGUGUUUCGAUGGAACUCGUGGUCGAUAUGGGACUGGAAAAGCUCGCGAGGGAUUACACGUAUUUAUUGUCCACUGGGAGUCUAAUGGAGAAUUAUGAUGCCAGGAAAAUGAUGAGGAGUGUUGCUGAGGGGGCCUUUGAUAUCAGUAAAUACAGGGAGAAGCUCGUGACUCUCGCUCAGAUCCACACAUCCCUGGAAUUUCUCCAAUUAAUCCAGAACCAAUUGAACUGUCGUAUGGACGUCUCUCGGUCGAUAUUCGACGCAGCCCUGAAGGUCUACAGAUCCCCAAACUCUCCCCUGAAGUUCGGAGACCUCAGAAAUCAGGGGAUUUAUUCCCUGGAGGUGCCUGCACCCAAGGACAUCAUCUCUGAAGUCGUGAAAACGCCACCUAGCUCGUGGAUGUGCACCCUCACCAGUGAUACCGUGCAUCAGAGCUACAACUCGAUUACUCACUACAGUCGCAAUCCCAUAUUCCCACCGAAUAUCUACACACCAGAAGACGUGCAGAAGGUCGAGGGAGACAUUGAGGGGCCGAUGUAUCACGUCACCACAGGAUGCAUCAUUCGCUUCAAGCUAUCGUAAACUCUAAAAAAAUCCACUGAUUCCUUGUUUUAUACGUUUUUUGUACUUUUGUAUUGUUCCUUGAGAGUAAGAAUGUCCGAUAUUUACGCCAGAUGUAAGAUGAGAGAAAAUAAUCGUCACUUUCUUCAAUUAUUCGUGAAUAAUUGAACCAUCGAUUUUGUCGAUGAGAAGCAUGAAGGGGAAAUAAAUUCAA